AUGCCGUUUGUUUUCCCCAUCCGAAGGGAACCCCAACGGGCAGUCAUCGCUGGUGCAGUGGUUUUCUCACUGCUGCCGUUGCUUGCCGUUACUGGGCGGAUAUACGCGCGGUUGAGGUUCAACAAUGGUCGUCUUGAUCUGAGUGACUGGCUCAUCAUUUUGGCAUGCAUCGUCGCGGUCGGGUACCAAGGACUUGCAGUCGCCUGCGCGGUGGUUGGGGGGAUGGGAUACCACACGACUGAGAUCCUCGAGAUGGCAGGCGAAGAUUCGAUAAUCCUUCUGCUUCAGCUUGUAACCGCCGUCGUUGUCUUCUGGUCGCUCAGUCUCGGGCUGGCGAAAAUGUCCAUUCUCGCACUAUACACCAAGAUCUUCUCCGUCAGGAGCUUCAUCCUCAUCAGCCAAGCCUGUGCCGUAUUCGUCCUGCUCUGGGCCAUGAUCCUCUUCAUCGGUGCCUUUGCCAUCUGUACGCCGGUUCAGCUAAACUGGGACAAAUUCCAUUACGUGGGAACCUGUGGCGACGUCAAGAUGCUGUGGGCCGUCACCGGAGGGCUCAACAUCUUCUCCGAUCUGGUCAUCAUGCUCCUCCCCAUGCCGUAUCUUUACGGCCUCUCGCUACAGAUGUACAAAAAGAUUGGUUUGAUGGUGACCUUUGGCAUCGGGCUUGCAGUCUGCAUUGUCAGCGCCGUCCGACUCGCCGAAAUUGUCAAAAUCGACAUGAACGACUUCCCAUUCUUCGGCGGUGUCGCACUCAUGUUCAGUGCACUGGAGCCCUGUCUGCUGGUGACUGCAUCAUGCAUCCCGCUCCUCCGCCCGUUGGUAUCUCGAAACAAGUCACGAGCCGACAACAGCGGCUACGCCGCAGGCAAUGCCAGUGGCAACACCGGAGCUCACUCCGCUUCUCGAAAGGGGGGCUUCUCGGAACUCCAAGACGACGACCGCUCGACGAGACAACUCCGCUCCGAAUUUGGUGGCAAGGCAUCUGCUGCGGCAGACGGCAGUUCCUUUGAUUCCGACGGACAGGACCACCACCACACCGACCUGGAGUUGAAAACCAUUACCGUCACAAGGGACUGGAGGGUUGAGGAAUCCGCUGUUUAA